CCCUGAAUCCUACUUGACCUUUAACCUGGUUGAUUCAACCAGUCAGUGCAGAACAACCACGGUACGUACCCCUGACCCCUGAAUCCUACUUAACCUUUAACCUGGUUGAUUCAACCAGUCAGUGCAGAACAACCACGGUACGUACCCCUGACUUCUGACCCCUGAAUCCUACUUAACCUUUAACCUGGUUGAUUCAACCAGUCAGAGCAGAACAACCACAGUACGUACCCCUGACCUCUGACCCCUGAAUCCUACUUAACCUUUAACCUGGUUGGUUCAACCAGUCAAAGCAGAACAAAUAGGAUACGUACUAUGACCCCUGAACCUACACCCAGCGCUUAGCCCCACCCAGCCCUUAGCCCCACCCACCUAGGAGUCUUGUUUUAUAUCUGAUGUCCAGUAGAUUAGGGUUUGUUUUAUAUCUGAGGUGGAGUAGAUUAGGGGUUGUUUUAUAUCUGAGGUGCAGUAGGUUAGGGGUUGUUUUAUAUCUGAGGUGCAGUAGAUUAAGGGUUGUUUUAUAUCUGAGGUGCAGUAGGUUAGGGGUUGUUUUAUAUCUGAGGUGCAGUAGAUUAAGGGUUGUUUUAUAUCUGAGGUGCAGUAGGUUAGGGGUUGUUUUAUAUCUGAGGUGCAGUAGAUUAAGGGUUGUUUUAUAUCUGAGGUGCAGUAGUUUAGGGGUUGUUUUCUGUGGGUCUCUCUUGAUCACCCUCUCUCCUUCCUCCUACAUUCUCUAAUCGGAUCACUUUUGCCUCAUUGUCAAAACGGCAAGCAGAGAACAGUACAUCAGCAAUAUGAUAUCACCAUGCUGGGACGUUAUAUUGUGGCCCAGAAAACCUAAAGUGUUAUUACAUACAGCUGGAAAGAAAUAUUGGAUAUCAGAGAGAUGUCAAUUUACUAGCACAACCACUACGACCAGGAACACGACCACCACUACGACCAGGAACACAACCACCACUACGACCAGGAAUAAUACCAGCACUACGAACAGGAACACAACCACCACUACGACCAGGAACACAACCACCACUACGACCAGGAACACAACCAGCACUACGACCAGGAACACAACCACCACUACGACCAGGAAUAAUACCAGCACUACAACCAGGAAUACAACCAGGAAUAAUACCAGCACUACGACCAGGAAUAAUACCAGCACUACGACCAGGAAUACGAGCAGGAAUAAUACCAGCACUACGACCAGGAAUACGAGCAGGAAUAAUACCAGCACUACGGCCAGGAAUAAUACCAGCACUACGACCAGGAAUACGAGCAGGAAUAAUACCAGCACUACGACCAGGAAUACGAGCAGGAAUAAUACCAGCACUACGGCCAGGAAUAAUACCAGCACUACGACCAGGAAUAAUACCAGCACUACGACCAGGAAUACGAGCAGGAAUAAUACCAGCACUAUGAACAGGAAUAAUACUAGCACUAUGACCAGGAAUACAACCAGGACUAAUACCAGGAAUAAUACCAGCACUACGACCAGGAACUCUACCAGAACUACGACCAGGAAUACGACCAACACUACGACUAGCACUACGACCAGCACUACGACCAGGAAUAAUACCAGCACUACGACCAGGAAUACGAGCAGGAAUAAUACCAGCACUACGACCAGGAAUAAUACCAGCACUACGGCCAGGAAUAAUACCAGCACUACGGCCAGGAAUAAUACCAGCACUAUGGCCAGGAAUAAUACCAGCACUACAACCAGGAAUAAUACCAGCACUACGACCAGGAAUAAUACUAGCACUAUGACCAGGAAUACCACCAGGACUACGACCAGGAAUAAUGCCAGCACUUCGACCAGGAACUCUACCAGAACUACGACCAGCACUACGACCAGGACUACGACCAGCACUGUUGUUGUUCAGUGAAAUCAUCCCAUGUGAAGAGUAUCUCAUUUAAUUAAAGUUCAAUUAGUAACUA